AUGGCGUUCCUGACUCCCUACACCAACACUUACUUUCGCACUGAUAGCGUGAGGAAAUACAAGCCCAGUCCGGAGGUCUAUUCUAGCCUCUUCCAAUCGUGCGUAGAAUAUGUCGAGGAUCCGACAGAUAUAUGGCUCGCGAGCGGGUACAAACUGAUCUCGUUGAAGAACCCCUUUGAUGUCACUGGCGCGCACAACGCCGGUCUCAAUGCGAUUUGGGUGGAUCGUGUGGGUAAAGGCUGGACCGACAGGCUCUUCAACGAGACCACCCUGGGGCCGACUAAUAUAGCGAAGAGUCUCGAGGAUAUCCCAGGAUAUUUCUGA